UUAGUGUUGGUUACGGCCCUUAAACACAUAAACAAAAAACAACAUUUAUAAAAUAUACUUGUACUUACUAAUGAAUAACAAAUGUAAUUGGUCUAUAUAUAUCCACAAAAUGAGUUGCGAUUGCAAAUCAGAAACUCAGACGGGCUAUACUGGAUCUACCAGACCCGUAUAUCUUAUAUAUAUAUAAAUCUAUAUAUAUAUAUAUAUACAUAAAGCUGUAAACCAUAGUUACCAUAAUAUCUAGGUGUCAUAUUGUUCAGCAUAAAUAAUCGCAUAUGAUGUAUUGUAUGCAUAUUAUCUGUGUGUUUGGAAGACAUUUUUUCGCAUUGCAUUGAAAUGGAAGACAAUUAAAGCAAAUCGCAUUCUGGAAGACAUGCGUUGCGGCAGGGGCAACAAGAUCGGCCAGCUGCCAAUUAGUUUAUAAGAUACUCUAUAUAAUAAUAAUAAUGAGAUUUUCGAUUCGAACUCGAAGAUAUAGUCAAUAGAAGCACACGUUGUUGUGGCAAACGCGACGCUGUGACUGACAAUAAUUAACUAUAACUUAGGAGGAGAACAGCAGGCAAGGAAGUUCGCAUACUCAGUGUCUAUAUACCAGUACUAUUGCUAAUAUUAACCAUGCACUAAUCAAAGGAAAUCAAAAAUAAUUAAUUAAUAUUGUAUUGCACCAAAGUUAUAAGGCAAUUUUCAGAGCACAUUCAUUGAUAACCUAAUGCGGCUUCAGUAUGUAUAUCGAUGUGUAGCAAGUUAAUCACUCAGUAAUUAAUAUACGAAAUGCACUUUACAUUUAUGUAUAUGUAUAUGUGUUUAGGCGUUGCGUUUCUGCCAUGAAUACAGCGGCUAACGAACCGAUCACACGGAUUAUGCCGGAAUAAUAUCCAUAAUCCAUAAUCCAUAAUAUAUAUAUUUAUAACCAACAGACACAUCAUCAUCAAUUACGAAUACCGAGUCGAAAAACCGUUUCGAACCGAUUAUGCCGUUUCGCAGUUUCGUUUUUUUCAGUUUUAUCCUAUGGCCGGGCAUUAUCUUAGUGGAUAAUGUCUGGGGCUAUGGUCAAAAUAACACAGAAAAAUAGAUUUAAAGGCAAUUUCACAACAGAUAACCAUAACAGCAACUACACAACCAAAUAAAGGCAAUUAUUAUCUUAUAUACGUUAAAUGUUGUAAAGCCCCUCUAAACAAAAGAAAAACGGUGUUUUAUUGGGAUAGAUAGGAGGUUCAAGGACUUCUCAAGGAAUAAUCAAUUGCUUUUUUAAUAUAUUUCUUUUUUAAAAUGAAUUUCACCGAUUUAUCAUUCAACUCGUUUAGAAUUAUUUCACUGCAUAAAAUUUGAAUGCACUGCUUCACCAGUUAAACUUGUAGAACCGUUUCACUGCUUUAACCGCAACAGCCCGCUUGCACUGCUUUAAGCAGUAUUUCAAAUCAGGGCGCGCACUUUAUAUUGUCAUCUAUCGAAAUAUUUAAAAUACAAACCAGUUCGUUGUGUACUAAAAUAAAUUUAUUGUUGUCGUAAUUUUUAGCAUAUUUUUAUAUUUUAAUUUUAUCACAUGCAAGCAAAUACAAUUGUGUGCGCAUUUAUUAUACAAAGUGUAUAUAGUACUCAUAGUGACUGAUAAGCAUGAAUUUAAAAAGCCACGCAGCGUUCUUGAUUUCAGUCUAAUUUCUCAACUCAAGCAAGCCAUGUUAAAGGCAAUAAAUACGUUCAUUUUUGUUUGCUCCUUGUAUAGUGUGACUGGGCAACACGAUGGAGUGGCACUAUGGACAUUCACGGACAAUCUUGAGCCGGACCCAUAUCAAGUUUGCGGCCUAAGCAACCCAAAUGGCUUGAAGGGCAACUUGAAGGUACCCGAAUCUCUAUCUGCACCUGGCCAAUAUCCAUGGGUGGUUGCCAUUUUCAGCCAGAAAAAACUCCUUGGAGGCGGUUCCCUGAUUGCCCCAGGAGUGGUCCUUACAGCGGCUAGCAUCGUGGUGAACAAGGCCGCUCCGGAAAUGGUGGUCAGAGCAGGCGAAUGGAAUAUGGCAAGCCGCAGUCAAAAGCUACCGUCGGAGGAUCGCCAGGUGUCCAGAGUUGUGCCACACAGGGAGUUCAUGUACAGAUCGGGGGAAAAUAACAUUGCACUGUUGUUUCUAGUCUCUCCCUUUGAGUUGAAACCCCACAUUCAAACCAUCUGCUUGCCCAGCCAGGGAGCGUCUUUCGAUCAGAAGCGCUGCUUGGUAGCCGGAUGGGGAAUCGUCGCACUCAACGAUAAAAAUUACUCCAAUAUCCAAAAGAAAAUCGAUCUGCCCAUGAUUGACAAAGCGGAGUGCCAGGAACAGUUGAGAAAGACCAGACUGGGCGCGGCUUUUGAGCUGCCUGCUAGUGUGAUAUGCGCCGGCGGUGAGAAGGAUAAGGGUGAGUGCAUCGGCGAUGGAGGAUCCCCACUUUUCUGUCCCAUGGAAGAGGAUCCAACACGCUACGAGCAGGCUGGCAUCGUCAACUGGGGCAUCGGUUGUCAACAGGAAACCGUUCCAGCAGUCUUCACCAGUGUGCGAAUGUUCCGAGAUUGGAUCUUUGAGCACCUAGCCAAUAACUCCAACAGUGUUCCAUUCGCUGCUUAGCUAACUUGUCUGAUACAAGGAACUCUAAUAAGAAUUAUCGAUUUUCAUUACUCUACCUAACAUAUUUAUGUCUACAUCAGAAUAAUAAUCACCACAAAUACUGAUUAA